AUGACCAUCGCGGGGUCGAAUACCAACGAGUUUGCGUACGGCGAGUUGAGCGGCGCAGUCUAUUUUACGAGUGGCACCGUCACUUCAAUAACUGCCGUGACAAUCUCAGAUGCACCGUCCAGUAUGGAUUGGUUGAGCGAAGGGAAUAUCUCUGGCUCCAGCAUAGGCGGGGCUCCAACAGCAACACCUGCCACUGUUGGGACCACCACACCCAUCGUUGGUGCAACUUCGAUGGCUACGUCUUCCAUGACACACCCGUCCCCUGUGCAUGUUGACGACAAAGGCCAUGCGCCGCAUUCAAUACAAGCCGGCGCGAUUGCGGGUGGGGUUAUGGGCGGCUUUGUCAUCGUCCUCACGCUGCUCGUUCUGAUCCGAAGAUACAGAAAGCGGAGGCUGCAACCGACACUUUCUAGAGAGAUAAUAGACGCUUGGGGAGGCGGAGGGUUCCCGCUUCUCCUAUACGUGACGACAGUCAUCGGAUUAGCCUUCAUCAACGGCGCUAACGCGCGAUCGCUUUCGAUGUUGCAGAGGCCAGUUGCAAACCAUGUCGGCGCGCAGGGCCAGGAUCGCGUGUUGAUCGAGGCGUUGCAGCAAGCGGUCGAUUGGCAUCUCUCCGCCGUGCGCGCUAUCGCCGAUCGGGAGGCGCCGCCGCCGCCGCCAUAUCAGGAGACCGCAACGCGGAGUUGA